AUGUCUGCUGAAAAUACCGAGUCCGCCCCUGUCGGCGGUUCCUUGGCCGACCGUAUCACCAAGCCCGACGAGUCAACCCCCACCGAUAUUGAACCCCCAAAGGAGGAUGGCGCUUCUGCCCCUGCGCAGGGUUCAGCGAACCUUGAGGAGCCCGAUUACACUGUCGCGGUGAAGUUGAGUGACUUACAGGCGGACCCCAACAACCCUCUUUACUCAAUUAAAACCUUUGAAGAUCUUGGCCUUGAUGAGCGCAUUCUUAAGGGUCUCUCCACCAUGAACUUUCGAAAGCCUUCCAAGGUCCAGGAGCGCGCUCUGCCUCUUCUGAUGAGCAAUCCGCCCAAAAACCUGGUUGGACAGUCGCAGUCCGGCACUGGUAAGACAGCUGCCUUUGUCCUUAACGUCCUGAGCCGUCUCGAUCUCUCCACCGAGCAGAUGCAGAAGUCGCCGCAAGCUCUUAUCCUCGCCCCAACCCGUGAAUUGGCACGUCAGAUUGUCGGCGUCAUUCAGCUUAUGGGACAGUUCCUUGAUGGCCUCACUAUCGGAACUGCGGUUCCCGCCGAUUCGAACGCUCGCCCCUCAAAGAUGGAAGCUUCGGUUGUGGUCGGCACACCGGGUACUGUUCAAGAUAUGAUCAAAAAGCGCAUUAUGAAUGCCACCACAUUGAAAGUUCUCGUCUUGGAUGAGGCGGACAACAUGCUGGACCAGCAAGGGCUGGGAGACCAGUGUAUUCGUGCCAAAGCGAUGCUCCCUCGUGAUGUUCAAAUUGUCUUGUUCUCCGCUACUUUCCCCGCACACGUCUACCGCUAUGCGAAUAAAUUCGCCCCCGGAGCCAAUGAAAUCACUCUCCAACACGAGGAGUUGACUGUUGAGGGUAUCAAGCAACUUUACAUGGAUUGCGGCAGUGACGAAGAAAAGUACCAGAAUUUGGUUCAGCUUUAUGGACUGCUUACUGUUGGAUCUUCCAUCAUUUUCGUCCGGACUCGUGCUUCUGCCGCUGAAAUCGAGCGUCGCAUGGUUGCCGAAGGACAUACCGUUGCUUCGUUGACUGGUGGUGUCGAAGGAUCCCAGCGUGAUGCGAUCAUUGAUUCUUUCCGCAGUGGUGAGGCCAAGGUCCUCAUCACGACCAACGUUUUGGCCCGUGGAAUCGAUGUCUCAACUGUCUCUUUGGUCGUCAACUACGAUAUUCCCGAGGAGUACACUUCCGGCCAGCGGACCCACACUCCCGAUUUCCAAACCUACCUGCACCGUAUCGGUCGUACUGGUCGCUUUGGCCGCAUUGGAGUGGCCAUCUCAUUCGUUUCGAACCGUGAAGAAUGGGAGAUGCUUCGCAAGAUCCAAGACCACUUCCAAUGCGUCAUUGAUCGCAUCGAUACUAGCGACUGGGAUGAAGUGGAGGAGCUCAUCAAGAAGACGAUCAAGAACACCCGAGCUCAGGCUAAGUUCGCUCAGUGA